AACAAAAAAAAAAAACUCCAUUCUUAAUUUUUGUUUAUAUUCCGUCCACUCUCAACAAAACCGAAAACACCAAAGUUCUUGAAUUCUCUCCGAUAACCAUAAUAAAAUCCCGUUUUUCUGAUAUGAAUACCCGAGAAGAAGUAGGCGAAUUCACUCAAAUCUUCAACGCUUUAAUGAGUCUAAUGAGGACAUUUAUAUUCAAAGUUCUACGCGUCGGUCCAAUCCCUACUAACAUUUCAUUCAUCAUGGAUGGAAACCGCAGGUUCGCCAAGAAACGCAAUCUUGAAGGCUUAGACGCAGGACACAGAGCCGGUUUCAUAUCCGUGAAAUAUAUUCUUCAAUACUGCAAAGAGAUUGGUGUACCGUACGUCACACUCUACGCCUUUGGUAUGGACAAUUUCAAGAGAGGACCUGAAGAAGUCAAGUGUGUCAUGGAUCUAAUGCUGGAGAAAGUCGAGCUCACGAUUGAUCAAGCUGUAUCCGGGAAUAUGAACGGCGUGAGAAUUAUCUUUGCCGGUGAUUUAAAUUCGUUAAACGAGCGUUUUAGAGCUGCGACGCAGAAACUGAUGAAGCUUACGGAGGAGAAUAGAGAUCUGAUUGUUGUGGUUUGCGUUGCUUACAGCACAAGUGUCGAGAUUGUUCAUGCUGUUCGAGAUUCUUGCGUUAGAAAGAGUAAAAUUGGAGAUGGUUCUGUAGCUUUGGAGUUGAGUGAUAUUGAAGAGUGUAUGUAUACAUCCGUCGUGCCGGUUCCGGAUCUUGUGAUAAGAACCGGAGGAGGAGAUCGGCUGAGUAACUUCAUGACGUGGCAAACUUCUAAGUCACUUCUUCACAGAACGGAGGCUCUUUGGCCGGAGUUAGGGCUCUGGCAUUUGGUUUGGGCCAUUCUGAAAUUCCAGAGAAUGCAAGAUUACUUGCAGAAGAAGAAGAAGUUCCACUAAAUAGUUUCUAAGUUAAACCCUAGAAAGAAAAAUGUUAAACCCUAGAAUGAACUUUAACCCUUACGUUUGAUUACAGGUUUCUUGUGGUGUAAGAAACAAAGAACCGAAACUGUGAAAACACAAGAAAAUCCUUUUUAUUAUGUAUGUGAUAUAAAUAACAAGCACAAAGACAUGAAACAUCGAUAAUAUUUCAAA